AUGUAUUCAAAUGAUGUAGUGUCUACACCAGUGAAUGCAUCACCGUUUAGUAUUCCAUCGACCAUUUCUAGCAUAGAACCGUUAGGAUCGCCGGCAAUCAAGCCCCAGAGUGCGCCUUUGAACGGGCAUUUUCGCUCAUCAAGUUUUCAAGAUGUUUAUGUUUCCCGGGCUAAUACGCCGGACAUAUCUAUUGGGAAGCGGAAGUAUGUUCCAUCUCAUCUUUCCCAGUUUCCGUACAGAAAAUCAUAUACACCAGAUCGCUCGAGUCCUCUAGUCAGUCAGCCAUCUUUUACAGCUCGAACAUCAGUAUCAAAUUCUCGUAAAAGCUCUUCACCGCCAAACUGGUUUGGUGGGCCUAGUUUUGGAACACCUAAAUCAAAUCCAAAAAAAGGGAAAGCAGGUCAUAAAGUUUUAGAAGAAGAAGCACCGCCAACAGAAUCGCUUUAUGACAUCGAAGGAGGCAGUAUUAUUCGAGAUUUAGAAUCUAACAGUCCUUCAUCGGAAAAUAAAUUCACCUUGACUCCGGAAUUGUCAGUUCGACAAAAAGAAAUACCCUCAAAACCAUCUGCUGUACCUACGUCAGUUAUUUUAUUCGGAUUCCCAGCAACAUUAACAUCUCAUGUUAUCUCACAUUUCUCGAGAUAUGGAGAAAUCUUGGAUCAUUCAGCGACGGAAAACCCAAUAUCUACAGGUAGUAACUGGCUUAAAAUAACCUAUGCGGACGAAGAAGCAGCAAAUAAAGCAGUUUCAUCUAAUGGAACUAUUAUUGGGGGAACUUAUAUGGUAGGAUGUAUAUUUGCACCAGUUGAUGAAACAAAAACAGACAAAGAUAUGGACAUAGCAAUGGAAUUGGAUGCAAAAACUCCGUCUCCUCAUUGCAAUAUGAACCAAAAACAUCGAUCUAUUACAUCGUUAUCGCAUCAGGAAUCACCUAGUAUCAAUUUAGGCACAUCACUUAACUCAUACAAAACAAACACAUGUAAUGGUCGACGUAUAGAAGUACUAGGUUCAGAAGGUAUUUUCAAAGAAACACCAGAUAAAACAUAUUCAUGGAUUACUUGGUCAUCAGCAAACAAGUCAACAGAGAAUCCGCAAGUAGAAUACAAAAGUCAGUGGAAAAACAAACUUGUUAGAGGCAUCAUGGAACUACUCUUCGGAUUUUAA